AUGACAGCUAACAAACAACCGUUAAGUGCCGCAACAAAUCGCCAAAAAUUGAAAACUGUGGGAAUACCGCUCCACGUCAGGGACGCCGCAAAAGCCACGCCAAGCUCACCCAUAGCUACAAAUCUCGUUUGCCCCAUGUGGGACGUAUGCACAGAGAGAAAAUUCUGAAUCAUCCAAAAAAUAGCCUUUUUUAGGUCAAAAGAAAGUAACACUUGGAAUCGCAUUUUGUAUAAAAAAUAG